AUGCCAACCGAAAUGAACUCUUCGUUUCUAGAUAAUAACGAAAGGAAUUUAAAUUUAGUUGAUAAGAUGUCGCAAUUGUAUGACAAGUCUCAAAGAAAGGCAACUAAGAAAUUAAUUAUAGCUAGCAUAAUAUGUAUAAUUUUUAUGGUAAUUGAAAUAGUAGCAGCAAUAGUAUCAAAUUCUUUAUCUUUAAUGUCAGAUGCUUCUCAUUUAUUUUGUGAUUUAUUAUCUUUUGCUUUAAAUUUAUUUUCUAUAUAUGUUUCAAGUUUUCAAGGGAAUGUAGAUAUGUCAUUUGGUUAUCAUCGAGCUGAAAUUAUAGGUGCAUUGUUUUCUAUAUUUUUUAUAUGGUCCUUAUCAGCAUAUAUUUUAUAUACAGCUAUAUUUAGAUUAUUCGAUGUUCCAAAGGUCAAUGGAUAUAUUAUGUUUAUUACAGCUUUUAUCAGCACGUUAGCUAAUAUAUUUAUGGCAUAUGUUUUACAAGUACAUUCUCAUGGGUUCGGGUUCAUGAAUGAAAAUAAAUGUAGUAAUCAUAAACAUGAAUCAUCAUCUUAUCAUGAUAAUUCUUCUUCUUUAAUUUUAUCAGAUCAUAAGAGUAAUAAUAAUAUCGAAAAUAAUGUUAAGAAGAAUUCCUUAUCAAAGAGAUAUAAAAAUAUUAAUAGUGAUAUUAUAAUUGAUGAAAACGAUAUAAGAAAUAAUAAAAAUAAUCUUUGUGCAAAUAAAAUGGAUGGAACGACGUGUAAUUAUGUAACCUUUGAUUAUUAUGAUAACAUGGAUGAACAUGAUAAGAAUGUAGAACAAGUUGAUCAGAUGUAUGAAAAAAAUAAAAAUUAUAUGAAUAAAGAAACAUAUAUAAAUAAAAAUGAUUAUACAUCUACAAAUUUGAAUUCUAAUAAUUUAUACUCUAAAAAUAAAGCAUCUAACAACCAACAAAAUAGUAUAGAUAAUAUAAAUAAUAAUAUAUAUAAUGAAAAAAAAAAGAAAAAAAAAAAAGAAAGUUGUUGUGAUGUAAACAAAGUACAAGAAGAUGAUAUUCAAAAAAAUGACAUACAAAAAGAUCAUGCUUAUAUUAUAGAAAGUGAAUAUUGUGAUGACUUAUUAGAUAAUCAUAAUCAUACACAUGAAUCUACAAAUCAUAAUCAUAGUCAUGAUGAUAUAAAUAACAUUAGUUUAAAAACAGCAUAUCUACAUGCACUUAGUGAUUUAUUACAAAAUGUAGGUGUUAUGAUUGCAUCUUUAUUUAUAUGGUAUGAUCCUAGAUAUUCAAUAGCAGAUCCUAUAUGUUCAAUUAUAUUUUGUUGUAUUGUUUUUUCUACAACUAUGUCAGUCAUUAAAGAAAUAUUAAAUAUAUUGAUGGAAGGAACACCUGUAAGUAUUAAUUUAAUAGAUCUUAAAAAUGAUCUAUUAAAAAUACCAGGUGUAUUAGAUGUACAUGAUUUGCAUGUAUGGUCCUUAUCAAUUGGAAAACCAGCUUUGGCUUGUCACAUAGUUGCUAGUAAAACACAUUCUCAUAGCGUAUUAAAUGACGCUACAUUAUUAUGUCAAAACAAAUACAAAAUAUUACACACAACAGUUCAAACUGAUUAUUCUUCAAACAGAUCGAACUGUGAAACGGAAGCGCACCUUAAAUGUUCCACGUUAAAAGGGGACACAUAA